AUGCUCGCCAAAAGAAUUCAUGCGAUCGCCGCAAAGAGUUCAUGCAGCCCGCCCGAAGAAUUGCGACCGCCAAAAGAAUUCAUGCGACUCGCCAAAAAUUCAUGCGACUCGCCAAAAAAAUUCAUGCGACUCAAAAAAAUUCAUGCGACUCGCCAAAAAAAUUCAUGCGACCCGCCAAAAAAUUCAUGCGACUCAUGCGACUCGCCAAAAGAUUCUGCGACUCGCCAAAAAUUCAUGCGACUCGCCAAAAGAAUUCAUGCGACUCGCCAAAAGAAUUCAUGCGCCAAAAAAAUUCAUGCGACUCGCCAAAAAGAAUUCAUGCGACUCGCCAAAAAAAUUCAUGCGACCCGCCAAAAAAAUUCAUGCGACUCGCCAAAAAAAAAUUCAUGCGACCCGCCAAAGAUGCGACUCGCCAAAAGAAUUCAUGCGACUCGCCAAAAAGAAUUCAUGCGACUCGCCAAAAGAAUUCAUGCGACUCGCCAAAAAGAAUUCAUGCGGCCCGCCAAAAAAAAUUCAUGCGACUCGCCAAAAGAAUUCAUGCGACUCGCCAAAAAAUUCAUGCGACUCGCCAAAGAAUUCAUGCCUCGCCAAAAGAAUUCAUGCGACCUCAAAAGAAUUCAUGCGACUCGCCAAAGAAUUCAUGACCCGCCAAAAAGAAUUCAUGCGACCUCGCCAAAAGAAUUGGCGCGGCCCGCCAAAGAAUUCAUGCGACUCGCCAAAAGAAUUCAUGCGACUCGCCAAAAGAAAUCAUGCGACCCUCCAAAAGAAUUCAUGCGGCUCUCGCCAAAGAAUUCAUGCGAAUCUUGCGACUCAAAAAGAAUUCAGUGCGAUCGCCAAAGAGUUCAUGCGGCCCGCCAAAAGAAUUCAUGCGACUCGCCAAAGAGUUCAUGCGGCCAAAAGAAAAUCGCUAAAGAAUCUCAUGCGACUCGCCAAAAGAAUUCAUGCGACUCGCCAAAAAGUUCAUGCGAUCGCCAAAGAAUUCAUGCGACUCGCCAAAAGAAUUCAUGCGGCCUGCCAAAAAGAAUCUCAUGCGGACUCGCCAAAGAGUUCAUGCGGCUCGCCAAAAAGUUCAUGCGGCCCGCCAGAAGUUCAUGCGACUCGCCAAAAGAAUUCAUGCGACUCGCUAAAAAGAUUUCAUGCGACUCGCCAAAAGAGUUCAUAUGUGGCCCGCCAAAGAAUUCAUGGGCCCGCCAAAAGAAUUGGCGCGGCCCGGAUAAAGAGUUCAUGCGACCUGCCAAAAGAAUUCAUGCGACUCGCCAAAGAAUUACGCGACUCUGCCAAAGAAUUAUGCGACUCAUGCGGCAAAGAAUUCAUGCGGCCCGCCAAAGAAUUCAUGCGAUUCGCCAAAAGAAUUCGCGACUGAAAAGAAUUCAUGCGAUCGCCAAAAGAGUUCUAUGCGGCCCGCCAAAAAGAAUUCAUGCGACUCGCCAAAAGAAACUGCCAGCAUCCAUGGCUCGCCAAAGAAUUCAUGCGGCUCGCCAAAGAGUUCAUGCGACUCGCCAGCAAUUCAGUGCGGCCUCGCCAAAAGAAUUCAUGCGACUGGCCAAAAGAGUUCAUGCGAAUCGCCAAAAGUUCAUGCGACUCGCCAAAAAAAUUCAUGCGACUCGCCAAAAAAAGAAUGAAAAGUUCAUGCGACUCGCCAAAAAGAAUUCAUGCGACUCGCCAAAAGAAUUCAUGCGGCCCGCCAAAAAGAUUCAUGCGACUCGCCAAAAAAUUCAUGCGACUCGCCAAAAUUCAUGCGGCCCGCCAAAAAGAAUUCAUGCGACUCGCCAAAGAAUUCAUACGACUCGCCAAAAAAGAAUUCAUGCGACUCGCCAAAAACUCGCCAAAAAAUCGCCAAAAAAAUUCAUGCGACCCGCCAAAAAGAAUUCAUGCGACUCGCCAAAAAAUUCAUGCGACUCGCCAAAAAUUUCAUGCAGACUCGCCAAAAGAAUUCAUGCGACCCGCCAAAAAAUUCAUGCGACUCGCCAAAAAAAGAAUUCAUGCGGCCCGCCAAAAAGAAUUCAUGCGACUCGCCAAAAAGAGUUCAUGCGGCCCGCCAAAAAUUCAUGCGACUCGCCAAAAAGUUCAUGCGACUCGCCAAAGAAUUCAUGCGACUCGCCAAAAAGAAUUACUACUCGCCAAAAAUUCUGUACUGCCAAAAAAAUUCAUGCGGCCGCAAAAGAAUUCAUGCGACGCGAAAAGAAUUCAUGCGGCUCGCCAAAAGAAUUCGUACGACUCGCCAAAGAGUUCAUGUACCCGCCAAAAAAUUCAUGCGACUCGCCAAAAAAUUCAUGCGGCCAUAAAAAUUCAUGCGGCUCGCCAAAAAGAAUUCAUGCGGCCCGCCAAAAAGAAUUCAUGCGACUCGCCAAAAAAAUUCGCCGCUCGCCAAAAAAAGAAUUCGCGACUCGCCAAAAAAAAUUCAUGCGACUCGCCAAAAGAAUUCAUGCGGCCCUUAAAGAAUUCUGCGACUCGCCAAAGAGUUCAUGCGACUCGCCAAAGAAUUCAUGCGCGACUCGCCAAAGAAUUCAUGCAACCCGCCAAAAAAGAAUUCAUGGCCCGCCAAAAGUGUACGAAUUAAAAAGAAUUCAUGCGACUCGCCAAAAAAGAAUUCAUGCGGCCCGCCAAAAGAAUUCAUGCGACUCGCCAAAAGAAUUCAUGGCCCACUCGCCCGCCAAAGAAUUCAUGCGGCCUCGCCAAAAAUUCAUGCGACUCGCCAAAAGAGUUCAUGCGGCCCGCCAAAGAAUUCAUGCGACUCGCCAAAAGAAUUCAUGCGACUCGCCAAAAAUUCAUGCGACUCGCCAAAGAAUUCAUGCGACCGCCAAAAGAGUUCAUGCGACUCGCCAAAAGAAUUCAUGCGACUCGCCAAAAGAAUUCAUGCGACUCGCCAAAAAGAAUUCAUGCAACCCGCCAAAAAUUCAUGCGGCCCGCCAAAAAGAAUUCAUGCGACUCGCCAAAAGAAUUCAUGCGACUCGCCAAAAAGAAUUCAUGCGACCCGCCAAAGAGUUCAUGCGACUCGCCAAAAAUUCAUUCGACUCGCGCAUACGACUCGCCAAAAAAUUCAUGCGACUCGCCAAAAGAGUUCAUGCGACUCGCCAAAAGAAUUCAUGCGACUCGCCAAAAGAAUUCAUGCGACUCGCCAAAGAAUUCAUGCGGCCCGCCAAAAAGAAUUCAUGCGACUCGCCAAAAGAAUUCAUGCGACUCAUAAAAGAAUUCAUGCGACUCGCCAAAAGAAUUCAUGCGGCCCGCCAAAAAGAAUUCAUGCGACUCGCCAAAGUUCAUGCAAAAAAAAUUCAUGCGGCCCGCCAAAAAUUCAUGCAAAUCGCCAAAAAGUCGACUCGCCAAAAAAUUCAUGCGACUCGCCAAAAGAGUUCAUGCGACUCGCCAAAAGACUCGCCAAAAAGUUCAUGCGACCCGCCAAAAAAUUCAUGCAGCCCGCCAAAAGAAUUCAUGCGACCCGCCAAAAGAAUUCAUGCGACCCGCCAAAAGAAAAAAGAAUUCAUGCGACUCGCCAAAAUGAGUUCAUGCGGCCCGCCAAAAAAAUUCAUGCUACUCGCCAAAAAUUCAUGCGGCCCGCCAAAAAGAAUUCAUGCGACCCGCCAAAAGAAUUCAUUCGACUGCCAAAAGACUCCCGCCAAAAAAGAAUUCAUGCGACUCGCCAAAGAGUUCAUGCGACUCGCCAAAAGAAUUCAAAGCGGCCCGCCAAAAAAAUUCAUGCGACUCGCCAAAAAAAAACUCGCCAUUCAUGCGCCCGCCAAAAAAAUUCAUGCGACUCGCCAAAUUCAAGACUCAUAA